AUGAUUUCGAUGACCUCUCCAAAGUCUUCGUUGGCUAAACUUGUGUUAUGUCCAAAGGUCAAGCCGUUUAAAGUUAUGAUCCUAGGACAGUCAGGAGUUGGCAAGUCUGCCUUGGUGGUACGAUUUAUUACUCGACGAUUCAUCGGCGAAUAUGAUCCCAAUUUGGAGAAAAUCUACACUUUUCAAACGGUAAUUGAUAAUGAAAUGGUUUACUUUGAGAUACUCGACUCUGCCGGCGACCCACAAAAAUGCGAAAGCUUGGAAAACCAUAUAAAAUGGGCAGAGGCAUUUGUCUUGGUAUACUCUGUGACAGAUAAAUGCUCUUUCGACGAGUGUCAUAGACUAAAAUUUCUAAUAAAUUAUAAUAAGAGGCGGCGUAGGCUCGCUUCGUCGCUAAAGGAUAAUAUUCACGAGACUCCCGUAGUGCUAGUUGGUAAUAAAGUGGAUCAGGUUGGUGAUCGUAUGGUGACGACUGAGGAAGGCCAGCGACGGAGUAAAGAAAUCGGUUGCGUUUGUUUUCAUGAAAUUUCCGUGAGAGAGAGCAUUGAUCAGGUUUAUGGAGUAUUCAGGGAUGCGCGUAGGUUUUGGCGGGUGGGCAGCAAGUGGUCCAGAGGCAGGAGCGAGUCAGAUAUCACCAAAGCACUGACGAGGCCUCUCUCCCGAGCAGCUUCCGAUACCACAGACCCGGGCACUGUCAUAGCUACAUCGUUGUGUCGCCGCUGGACCGAAUUUGACUUUGAAGAAGAAAGAGAAGAGAUCGAGGGUGUUAAGCGUAGCGACUCCAACUCUUCGUGUGAAAACGUGGAUCAGUUUAGGGCUAGAGCAAGUACUGAUUCUAGGCUUCCACCUCGGCCUACAAGGUCUAGACAUCCGCCGACCUCGGGGUCAAAUACCCCUAUUAGAAGAAUGAGUGUUGCCAUGAGAGGAAACAGUUCCAGUGCAUAUUAA